UCCUUGUGGAGGUGAGUCAGGACGGGUUUCUCCUCUGCCCCUCUCAGAGUGCCCCAAAGGUGCCACGGACAUCGUGCUCCUCAUCGACGGCUCGGGCAGCAUCAACGCCGUGGACUUUGAUAAGAUGAAGACGUUUCUCUCUGAGAUCAUGAAGCGUUUCCGUGGCACCAACACGCAGUUCGCCCUCAUGCAGUACUCACACAGGAUUAGAGAGCACUUCGACUUCUUCCGGUACCAGAGGAACCGUGACCCUGAUCGCCUCCUCAAGUCGGUCACACAGCUCAAGGGAGCAACACACACGGCCAGCGCCAUACGGGACGUGGUGCGGGAGCUGUUCACUUCUUGGAAAGGUGCUCGGGAGGAGGCCACCAAGAUUCUCAUUGUGAUCACAGAUGGAGAGAAAUAUGGAGACCCGCGUAAUUAUUCAGACGUUAUUCCUGAAGCGGAGAGAGCUGGGAUCAUUCGCUAUGCCAUCGGGGUCGGCGAUGCCUUCUCCAGCGAUGCUGCCCAGAGGGAGCUCCGAGAGAUCGCCUCUGAACCCACCGACCAGCACGUCUUCCGGGUGGACAAUUUCGACGCCCUCCAGGGCAUCCAGAGCCAGCUGCAGGAGAAGAUCUUCGCCAUCGAAGGCACCCAAUCCCAGAGCGGCAGCUCCUUCCAGCUGGAGAUGUCUCAGGCAGGAUUCAGCUCCCUGCUGUCCCCGGAGGGGCCGGUGCUGGGAGCGGUGGGAGCCUACGACUGGUCCGGUGGGAUAUAUUCAUAUGGGACCAGUGGGGAGCCGAGCUUCAUCAAUGUGUCCAGAACCUCCAGCGACAUGGAUUAUGCUUAUCUGGGUUAUUCAUCUCAGGUCAUCACCACCCACGGGCAGAGCAGCUACGUUGUCGGGGCCCCUCGCUACCAGCACGUCGGCAAAGUCGUCCUGUUCAGCCGAGAUACCAAUGGCGGGCAAUGGGCAGCCAGCUGGGCGAAGGAAGGAGCUCAGAUUGGCUCAUAUUUCGGGGGUUCGCUGUGCACUGUGGACCUCAACAGUGAUGGGAAGACGGACCUGGUUCUGAUCGGAGCCCCUACGUUCUAUACACCUCUGAAUGGAGGGCGGGUUUAUGAGUACUCGGUUAGCCGGCAGGGGGUGACGCUGAAGUAUAGGAGCACACUACAGGGCCAGACGGGGCAGGCGUUCGGGCACUUUGGGGCCAGUAUGUCUGAAAUCGGGGACAUCAGCGGGGACGGACAGACGGACGUGGCCAUCGGGGCCCCCACGGAGAACGACAAUCACGGGGCCUUGUACAUCUUCCAUGGGGAAAAGAGAGGCCUCAGUCCCCAGUACAAACAGCGCAUAGAGGGGGCGCAGUUCCCCAGCAGGCUGCACUACUUUGGCCAGGCCGUCAGUGGCGGGACAGACCUGACGGGGGAUGGGCUGCCGGACAUCGCGGUGGGAGCACAAGGGCAGGUCCUGCUGCUGAGGUCUCGGCCAGUGCUCAGAGUCGGGGUGUCCAUCAGCUUUCAGCCCCCCACGAUCCACACCUCAGCCUUCGACUGCCAGGAGCAGGAACAGCUCAACACAGAGACCAGUGGGGCAGAGGUCUGCUUCACUGUCACGAAGAGCACUAAGGACAGCCUAGGCAACAGGAUCUCCAGCACCAUCCAGUACAGCCUGGCCCUGGACCCCGGGCGGAGGAAGAUCCGAGCUGCCUUCGGCUCCACCGGCCCCGUCCUGAGCAGGGAGCUGAAACUGGGCAUUGAACGGAGAUGUGAGACAUACCCGAUAAUGUUACCUCUCUGCCCUGAGGACACCCUGACCCCCAUCACUCUGCGCCUCAACUACACCCUGACGGGGGAGCCCAUCGCUAACACCAACGGUCUCAGACCCAUCCUGAGCGAGGACUCCAUACUGGUGCCUGUAGGCUUGCUCCCGUUUGAGAAGGACUGCGGUGACGAUAAAGUCUGCACUGAUGAACUACACAUUUCCUUCAAUUUCUCAGGCAUGAGCACCUUGGUGGUGGGCGCCACGCCUGAACUCAAUAUCACCGUUUCCAUCCAGAACCGCGGGGAGAAUUCCUACAGCACCACAGUGCGGUUCUUCUACCCGGCCGCGCUGUCCUACCGCCGGGUCCUGCUGCUCCAGUCUAACAGGAGGACCAUGGCCAUUAAGUGCAGUUCAGCCGUGAGCUCAGAGGAGCAGACUCAGAGGAACAGCACCUGCCACAUCAACCCCCCCAUCUUCUGGAGCGGAGCCGAGGCCGUCUUCCUUGCCACCUUUGACGUCUCCUCUGAGGCCGACCUGGGGGACAGGCUGCAGAUGACAGCCAGCGCCAGCAGUGACAACGGCGGCCCUGUCACUGAGCGCAUGGUUCACCAGGCGGAGCUUCCGGUCAAGUACGGCAUCUUCAUCAUCCUCAGCAGCCUCGAGGAGUCGACCAAGUACGUCAACUUCUCCGCCAAGGCGGCAGAGACAAGUGCACCAGUGACACAUCGGUACGAGGUGAAGAACCUGCGGCAGCGAAGCGUCCCCCUGUCGGUCACGUUCCAGUUCCCCGUGGAGCUGAGCGGGGUCCGUGUGUGGGACGCCUCUGAGGUCGUCCCCUCCAAGCCCCAGCUGGCUCAGUGCACCAAUGAGGCCGGAACACCUGGUUCCAAGGACUUUGUGAAGCUGAUGAGCGAGCGCCCCCUGCUGGACUGCUCUGUGGCCACCUGUAAGAAGAUCCGGUGCACAAUCGCCUCGCUGGAAAUGCAGCAGCCGCUGGAGUUCAUGAUCAAAGGGAACGUCGGCUUCCAGUGGGUCUCCCAGACUCAGCAGCAGAAAGUGACCCUGGUGAGUGAGGCCCGGAUUGAAUACGAGGAGAAGAAAUACACCCAGAAGGAGGGAUUUGUCCAGCGCCAGGUGCAGACGAUGGUGCAGCAGCUCGUGGUCUAUAACUACCUGCCCAUCAUUGUGGGCAGCAGCGUGGGAGGCCUGGUCCUGCUGGCUCUCAUCACUGCAGCCCUCUACAAGGCCGGCUUCUUCAAGCGCCAGUACAAGGAGAUGAUGGACAGCGCGAGGGGUGGGGAUGGGACCGGCCCGGACUAGAGCGACUCUGCCAGUGUCUGCCCCAGCCCCCACAUCCCCAAGCAAUAGCCCCUCCCACACAUGGGAUGCUCUGGAUCUCCACUCCCCCACAUCACCCGCCAUGGACCACCAUCAGUCUGCACCCCGAUGUGCUGCUUGCUCUCAGACCAGCCCCCUAGGACCACCGUGUGGGGCUGGCAAGUGGACUCCUGGGUUCACUCCCAGCUCUGGCUAGGGAGUGGUGUCUAGUGGUUAGAGAGGGUGGCUCAGGGACCAGAACUCCUGGGUUCUCUCUCUAAUGCAGGGCUGGGGAACUUUUUUCAGGUUGUGGUCCCCUGACCCACAGAAAAAUCAGCCAGGAGGCACAGAACAAACCCUCAUUGACAUGGCCACUCACUGAGAAGCAAAAAGACCCUCUCCCCACUUUCCCCUGACACCCCAGGGUCCACGUCUCUGUCGGACCCUCGGGUGGCCACUGGGGAACAUCUAAUAAAGCCAAGCUCUUGGUGUGAUCUGUCUCCCACCCUGAGUACAGCGGAUGUUAAUGUGGGAGGGAAAGGGGCCAUGCUGUCAGCUCCGGGCAAGGCUUCCGGCCACACAAGGGAACGAAAUCUCCCCUACAGCAGACUGCCGCGGGGUACUCGGCUCGUCGCUCACCAGCUCUGCCUACUGGCCACUCUGAGGGUUCCCACUGCGCGGCCAAUGCCCCAGUGCAGCGGACGCAUCUUGUCACCGCCUGGCUCUCUCCCCACACUCACUCCCGGUCGGCUGCCCCCGGCCGCAAUAGCUGGCGGGGGAACAUUGGCCUCUCCCCUGGCUUCCACCCCAAACCCUCCAGUCUGCAGCUUCCUUAACCUCACUGCUCUCACUCCCAGAGCACUCCCUAGCUUGCUACCCCUCAUUCCAGACCUACUUCUCCUAGGUCUCAGGAUUCCUGCCUCUCCUUCUGUCUCCCUUCCCUGACUCGCCUCCCCCAGCAGCACUCCCUGGUACCACUCACUAGGUUUGAUGGAAGCCCUGCCUGGUGCCUCUCAAACGAGCUUGCUUCUAAUUAGAGGCCUACUCCUAACCUAAAUUUCUCCCUCAUUUGCUGCUUAAUUUGGUCUGCCUGGCCUAAUUCAACCCCCUCAGAGCCAGAGUGGGGCCCUGAUUGAAAAGGAGAAAAUAAAUUUCCUUCCCUGGCAGAUUUACCCUGUGGAACUCACUGCCACAUGAAGUGAGGAGGCCAAGCGCUGUGGCUAGAGAGAAGGAGAGGUUGGUGUGGACCCUACACUAUGUGAGGUUACUUUGUUUUGCAAGCCCUGGGACCAAGUGACGGCAGCUAGCCCUCAGUCUACUCGGCUUAUUGAAAGGAAGAUUGAGGGGUGACGUAUGUGCAGUGUUGAGAGAAAAUGCCACAUCCAAAAGAGCUCUAUGAUCUAGUGCAGAAAAACGUUGCUACAAAGUGCUGCUAGCUACCCUUGGGCCCAUCACCAGUCUCGUUGUGGCACCCUCCACUGGCAGACCUAGACUUUGCUCUGUCUGGGGCACAGCCUAGCUGUUUACCCCCUAAUGUGGGCAGCAUUCAUUGACUAAGAGAUUUCCAGCACAGAAAGGGCCACUUAGUGAGACCUCUUUUCUGACUCAGGCUUUAGGGCUGCCCAGGAUUAAUCCUGGUUUGAACCACACCUACACCUUCCCCUCAGGCACAAAGUUUGUUACUCUGUCAAAGAAAGGUAUUGAGUUAGUACCAUUAGUUUGACCCAAUUUGUUCUCGAUAAAUUCAUGCUGGCUGUUACUUCCUCGGUGUCUGCAACUUGAUUGUGUAAUUAUUUGCUCCAUUUUCUUUUUGUUUUAGUACGUUUUUAAAAAUGGGAAUUCUAUCAAGUGUUAUAACCAACAAGGACAAUAGUAAAUUUAUACUGAAGUUAAGCUGAGUGGCCUGUAAUUCUCCGAGUUGUCCUUAUUUCCUUUCUUUAUAGGUUGUCAUUAUAUUUGCCCUUUUUCGUACAGAAAAUACAAAUAGCAGAGCUGUAGUUAGAAUUUUAAAAAUUGUUUUAGUGACACAUUUUGUGAAAAGAAAAACAUGUCAGUUGGGUAUAAAGUUGGCGAUCAUAGACUCCUAGGAAGAGACCUCAGGAGUCAUCGAGUCCAAAACCCUGCCCAAAGCAGGAUUGACCCUGACUAAAUCAUCCCAGUUAUAGGCUGACCUACUGGUGAUGGUGAUCAGUUAUGUAUUCAUGUCAAUUCCACAAUUUUGUAUGUUUAGUUGAUAAUGUUAAAUGAUUUUUCUAGGCUGUUUGUGAAAAACAACAUGGAGUCUGUCUACCAGCUGACCUCAGGACAGGGAGGGGCCCUCCACCUCAGAGUGAUAAACAAGAACCGGUACAGACCGGAAUUUCCCGCCUUUUCUUAGUUACCUCAGAACUGGUCCCCACUGAGGAGCUCACGGGGCAAAACUCACCUCAGGGGUUUCCCGCCCUGAAGGUUUUACAAGUCCAGACACAGCCUGUGGGGGGUGCUGUCCAUCUGAGUGGCCAGUUGGGACAUUAAGGGUUUUACUGGUCACUUCCACUGUUUCCUUAAAAGAUUAUUAGUUUGCAUCGGGUUUCUCCCCUGCUUUUCCCUUAAUACUGUAGCAAAUCCCUAAUGCAGUGUCUUCUUGUUUUCACCUUGAAUUUGAGUCUGUUUUCUUUUAUCAGCCUGAUUCACAGGAGAUAGACUCUGAGGGAGGGGGUGGAUCUGUUUUCUUUUGACUGAGGUUUCACUGUCAGGCCAUUUUGAGUGUUAUCCAGACCCCAGGGGGGUAACACAGUCAGGGCUUUGUUAGGCUGGGCCUUAAAAACCUCUAAGAAAGACUUUCUACCACCUCCCUCAUGAACCCAUCCCACUGCUUCCCCACC